UCUCGGCUUUAAAAUUAUAGUAAAUUUCUGUUGUUUUUAACCGCCCUGCGCAAAACAGAAUGUUUUCACGACAUUUUGGAUCCAUCUUACGGAAGAAACACCACGUCUUCAAGACUUUCAGUGCCCACUUCCGGAGAUUCCUUGCCGUCGGCUUCAGCAACAGGUAUUCCCUAAGGGUGACAACUCUGCUACCACUGGUAAUCCUCCGAUCCGCGGAGUGCAGGCAAAAUGAUGGGCAGGAAGUGAAACGACCGGGCCGGAAGCGAACCAUGAGCAAGGUCAAGUACGAGACGUGUCUGGAGGGCAGGGCGCAGCUCUACCUCAACGCCAUGAAGGUGCGCUGGGAGCAGCUGCACAAAGUUCCCGGGCUUUUUUCAUAUCAAUUGCAGAAGUCCCCGCAGAGCCGGAAAAUACCAGGAUACUGGGGCUUCUACACAGAGCUCAAUGCAGAACGUUCCCUUAAGCGCCGCCGUCCGCAAACCAUCGAGAACCUCAAUCCAACCUUUAAGCCCUUAAUGUUCAACUUCAACAAAGUGGAUGCUCGGGAAGUAAUAAUGACAAUUGAUGAUGCCUACGGCAGUCCCGAAGUCCAGAUGAUCAUCAACAAGAGCCCCAUCACCAAGUAUCAUACUCUGAUCUGCCCGGAGGUAAAAAAGAACCAUGUUCAACGAAUAACCCGCGAAGCACUGGAGUUCUGCAUCACCUUCAUGCGGAGUAUCGAUGACAAGGACAUGCGCAUGGGCUAUAAUAGUCCUGGUGCCCUGGCCUCCGUGAAUCACCUCCACGUUCACCUACUCCAAAUGCCCCAGGAUCUGUAUAUAGACCAAGCCCCUCUGGAUGAGCUGGCCGGCGGUUAUGUCUAUCGUUUGAGCCGUAGGGCGCCCACGGAAGGCAUCUGUAUAGUAUUCAAAGACAAUGAUAACGAUGAGCAGGUGGCGGAGAAGGUGGACCAGCUCUACAAGCUGGCCAUGUGGAUGUGCCAGAACAACAUGCCGCACAAUCUGUUCAUCACACAGGAUCGGCGACCCGGCCAAAGCGGCAACGUUCAGGUAUUCGUAUUUGCCCGAUCCGAGUACUGCGUUAAUAAGGAUUUGGCCGACUUUAAUGUGGGAUUCUGCGAGUUGGCUGGUUACAUUCCGCUGCCAGAUCCCGAAAAAAUGGAGAACCUGACAGAACUGCAGGUACUCUUCAGGAUACGCACUGUCACUGGCGAUGCUCCAAAAGCUCUGUAUGAGGAAAUAACGCAUAUUGUCGAAGGACGUGAGCAAUCGCUUUGGGACCAACCGUUGACGAUAUAGAACUUUUAGAAUAAACAACCAGAGGCUUCUUUCUAGACUAA